UUCAUCCCGAUAGGUUUAUUACAUUGUCCGAUGUCUGAAAAACACCAUUUGUAACGAUGGGCAUUCAAACCGAUAUUUAAAACUAUUAAUUAUGUUAAUCUAGUACUUAUUAAUCUUCAUACCGGGUUAAAUUUUACUUCAUUCAUAAAACUUUAACUUAACAGUCAUUCGGUGUAGUGUAGUAAACCGGUGUGAACCAGUUACAGACUAUCCCUACUAUCAUUUUCGUGUCGUCUGCUUUAAUGUUAUUUUGAAAUAUAUCAACCCUUCGAUAAACAUGGAUUAUACAAAAGUGUCAAAGAAACAUUGUUUAUUAAUUAUACUUUAUUUUAUUUUUACAUUUAAUAGUCAGUUUGUAGAAACUUUAAAACUUGAAAUAAAAUGUUUAGCUUCUAGAAAUGAGAAGUGGAAUAAGAAUAAAAAUAUUUGUGUCACGUGCAAAGAUUGUUAUCCUGGGUCCUUCAGGAAUUUAAGCGAACCGUACAAUGGACGAACAGGGGACUAUGGAGACGAGCAAUGUAUACCGUGUAGUCCGUGUCCUGAUGGAACUUUCUCGGAGAACGGACGAGGGGAGUGUUCUCAUUGUCGCACAAAUUGUACGGAUAUGAACAGAGAGUAUGAUUCAACGUGUUCCAAAACACAGGAUUCCAAAUGCGGGAGCUGCUUGACAAAUUAUGAAGAUACUUACGGGCAUUUUCUUUUCCCAUGUAGCCCGAAAAAAGUGCAUAAGGAACUUAUUCCGCCGAAGGGAGAGAAGCCUAUCCGCCCGGAUGGAGAGACAGAAAUUGCUGGAGAUACUCCUAAAGAUUCAAUAGUGGCCAAAACUUCUCCAAGUCCCAGUUUUUGGAUACCUGUUGGCAUUACUGGAAUAGUUGUAUCAUUUAUUGUGGUUGUAAUUUUCGUAGGAAGAAAACUGAAAUUAGCGACGCAUAAAAGCGAUUCUUCCGCCGAAGGUGCACAUGACUACACAGAGAUAAAUAUUCUCCAUGAGGGAACCAUUCCAAAAGAUGACACGGCCCUUCUUGAUGGCGACAUAGAAAUUGACGCUGUCCAGGGAAAGUUGACAGGUGUGCUUCAACUCUCCGAUGGCCAGAAUUGUGUCAUUACAAAUAGUCAAAGACUUCUGCGAAU